AUGGAAGUUGAAUCCGAUGAUGAUGGUACUGAAGAGAUAUAUGAAGCUGAUGUUUAUGAUGAGCAGCCCGUAGAAGCCGAACCUGCACUAGAAGAGCUUAAAGAUGGUGGACAGGCAGCCACUAUGGAUGAACUAAAAGAAGUUAACUUGGGAACUAAGGAGGAUCCUCGCCCAACCUUCAUUAGCUUUAUUCAUGAAGAAAAGUAUGCUGACUGGAUUGCUAACAUUGUCUCUGUAAAGAAGAAGAAUGGACAAAUUCGUGUCUGCAUUGACUUUAGGGACUUCAACAAGGUGUGCCCAAAAAAUGACUUUCCACUCAUUGUAUCAGAACUACUAGUAGAUAAUACUUCCAACUAUGACAUGUUCUCAUUCAUGGAUGGCUCAUCAAGCUACAAUCAGAUCAAGAUAGCUCCUGAUGAUGAAUAA